UCUAUUCACAAACAAACGAGUCUCGCUUUAAAUCGUUUAUCGAGUGACUUAUAAAUCGUGACGAUUUAAAAUCGACUGGUUGCUCAGAAACUGUGAGUGAUCCACAAAUCUUUGCCCAGAACAUAUAGCAAACGAGGAUCGCAUCGAUAAAUGUCUCCAAGUUUGUUUCGAUCGUUUUAAUCAAGAUAACCAAGACGUUCUCGUGAUGAUUGCCACAUUUCCGUACAGAUUCACUCAGAAACAAUUUGUUGACGUGUUCAAAUCUUCACUCAGUCUGAAAGACACACAGAAUGGCCUGAGCUGUCUAAAGCAUAGCAGCCUCCUUUGCUAUGAGCGACUGACUGGUCAUUAUUCUCUACAUCCAUUCAUAAGAAAUUUUUUCGCAGAGAAACCCAACCACUCAAAUGCCAAAUCAGUUUUCAUUCGUCACUAUAGCAAGUAAGCUGAAGAACUCUGUGUGAAAUUUUGGAGUAGUGAUUCCAAGUCUGCAAUUGAUCGCGACUGGGUUGAAAAAACAAACAUCCGAGAGGCCAUGGAUUGGUGUGGAAAUGAUCAUCUCGAGCUCCGCCAAACGGUCAGGGAAGAGUACAUAGGCGCUUUCAACAAGGCAGCCAUCUUUCUCGCCAAGAUGAUGAGAAAGCAAGAGUUUGAAUCGCUUUUCUGCAAGCUUGCGAAACGAUGUCCGAACGACAUGCUCCACAGCGCUUGCUUGACACAUAUCGGAAUGAAAAUAGUCUUGAGCUGCACUUGCACACCCCAAAUCUGUCCAUCUGCGUUGUAUCGGGCCAAGAGCUUUUUGUUACGUGCAUUGAAAACUCAGUCGGGGCUAACGAAUGGGAAUGCGGCCAUUCGUUCACAGUGCUUGAGUAAACUAGGAUUCUGUUGUGUUCGUGAAGGACGGUUGUAUGAGGGAUUUGAGUAUCUCAACAAAGCGGUCAAAAUUCAACGGGAAAGAGCAAAGAUAUCGGGAAAGAUCGAAGCCAAAAUCAUAUUGGCAGCUUGUCACAACGAUUUUGCCGCCUCUCUAAUGGUGCAAAGCAAACACCUGCUUGCUAUCGAAAUAAGACUCCGCCAUGUGCUUCCUGUUUAUGAAAAGAACCUCGGGAACCACCCUUUUACGGCUACAAUACUUAACUGUAUUGGAAACAGUUAUCAUGCUUUAGGUGACUACGACAACGCCAUCAAAUAUGUCAUUCAGUUAGUUAAAAUCCGAAAGCAGCUUUUGGGGCACCAUCAGGAGACUGCGAGAUCCCUCUAUGAUUUAGGUGUGGCUUACAGUGAAAAGAACGAUUUCGAAAGAGCUCUUGAAUACCUUAAAGAGGCAGCUAAUUUACAACUGGAAGUAUUAGAUACAUACGACGAGCUUAUUCACACUCACCAAACCAUGUCAAUUGUUCUUCGUUGUCUUGGAAGAAACGAGGAAGCAGAAGAAGAAAUGACACGGGCAGAGGAGAGCGCAAAAAAAUUGGAUUCGUGGGAAGCUCCUAUGGAAAUGCUCAGGACCCAAGAACUAGAAUUUGACUGGAACCAUUUUUAGACGACUCCCAGAGGAAUUCACACUUCGAGAGUCCCUCCUUAACCACAGCUGAUGAACAAAAAUGAUUAAUGCAAUUCAUAAAAAGCACAAAGUGAUCGUUCUUUCAUGGUAGCUGCACCUAAGCUUUGAAAUGUGUUGCCUCCUUUAAUCAGAAGCUCCACAAGCACUGUAGAUAUAUUUAAGAAAUUACUUAAGAUCUUAUGAUAGCUAGCUCAAAGUAAUCAAUAAUUUUCGUAAUUAGUAAUGUAUGCUAUUAGCUACAUGAUACACCUGCAGGGGUUAAAACUUACUUU